AUGACCCACACAUACAAGUUCAACGUUGCCAUGAGCUGCGGCGGCUGCUCUGGCGCCAUUGAGCGCGUGCUUAAGAAGCUCGAAGGUGUUGAGUCGUACAAUGUCUCUCUCGAGAACCAGACUGCCGAGAUUACCGCUGCCGACUCGCUCGACUAUGACACCGUUCUGGAGAAGAUCAAGAAGACCGGCAAGACGGUCAAGUCGGGCGAGGCCGACGGUGAGGCCAAGGAGGUCUAG